AGUUGUGGGUUGUUCGUGACAGUUGUCUUCUUUUCGUGUGUACUCAGUUUGAGAAUCGUUGUUCAAGGUCCUUGUUUUAAACCACCCUGAAAGAGACCCUAAACCAGCGGUUAACUCCACCUAAAAACACCCUCCCAGUCCAUUGAAUGUCUCGUAUCUUUGCUAUAUCUGAUCUGCACACGGACUAUGAAGCUAAUAUGGAGUUUGUCGAAAGUCUCCCCCCACACCCAGAGGAUGUGCUGAUUGUGGCCGGGGAUGUAAGCGACGAUAUUCCAAGAUUGAUCGAGACACUGAGUAUCCUGAAAGCGAAGUACAAGGAUGUUUACUUUAUCCCGGGGAAUCACGAGUUAUGGAUUAACAAAUCAGACAUCUCCCCAAACUCGUUGGUUAAACUAUUCGAGAUUGUCCGGCACUGUACCGUCAUUGGCGUGCAGACAGAGCCAGGUAAAGUGAGGUGUUUGGACGGCAAUGAUGUCUGGAUAGUACCUCUCUACUCUUGGUACGCUGGCCCUGAUGAUGAUCCUAAGAAUACCCUCUACAUCCCGGAGUGGCCAGCUCUAAAACGAAGAGCUUCAGGAAGCUGCCCGAGUUUAGCUCAACUGUUUGCAGACAUGAACACGGAACGGUUAACAAAUGACUAUGAUGCCCCAGUUAUAACCUUCUCUCAUUUUGUGCCGCGACCCGAACUGAUGAGAGCUAGCAUUCAGGACGAAUCUGAGAUUGCACUCGAGAGGAACAUCAUGGGGCUGCCUUCACCGGACUGGAAAGAAAAGGAGUUUGGAACUAGGUUCAACUUCAGUAGAGUGGCUGGAAGUAACAUCUUAGACAGACAGCUCAGAAAAAUAGGAUCUAUGAUCCACGUGUACGGACACCAGCACAGGAACAGAGACAGAACGAUACGGCGUGUAAGAUACGUGUCCCACUGUCUGGGGAACCCCCGGGAGCACGGGGAGGGGAUCACUUGGGGGAUAUCAACCUGGGCCGGCCCCAAACUUAUACACGGACAUUGUUAGCUUGUUCUCUCUCUCUCUUUUAGGAUACAGUCAUGCAGGGGACAAUUUGUAGUGUUGUUGGU